CAAGACUGAAUAUCUUAAAAUAUAUGUAUAUAAAAUAAAAUGAAACUUCUUCCGGUAUAAUGCUCAGACAACAGUGGAUAAAGAGACUUGUUUUUUUUGUGAGCUUUUGCUGAAUGCUCCAAAAACAUUGAUAAAAGAGAAAGAUAAAUCAGAACAUGUUGUAAUGCCAUUUAAUAGUUCUAGAACUUUAUGUUUCACGGAUAAGUUGAAGAAUUGCUCAGAUAUUGGACCACAGAGCAUUUCAGUUUGCCAACAGAGCAGUGAAAUACAUAUUUUUUGGAUGUGGGCAACUUCUGCAUCUUCAGCUUCCAGCAAAAACGGCCCAAUGGAGCUUAACACACAGGGGCACUUCUUAAUGACCGAUCACAGCAAUCAUUCUUUGAGACACUUUGCAGAAAUGAAAUCACCAGUGUGUCAAUAUUCGGUGCAAAACUCUUUCUACAAACUUCCUUCACCAGCAUUCAGUUCCCCACUGACAUCUGGCACCCCGCACGGCAUCACAGACAUCUUAAGUCGGCCAUUGGCAGCUCCAAAUGCCACUGUAUUAACCAACUAUCCACAGAUGGGAGGCUUUGGAAGCAUGAAUCCCCAAGGUAUGUGCUACAGUCCACAAAUGGGGGGAUUCUCCAAAUCAGGGGGAGAGUAUCCCAUCAGGAGCCGUAACAGUUGGGAUGACAUGACUCCAGAAUGGAGGAUUGGACACCAGCUUUUUUCCAGGGUCAGCAAUACAUGCCUUGGGGUUGAUGCAUCCAGCAAAAAGAAGCACACACGUCCAACCUUCACUGGGCACCAGAUAUUUGCACUAGAAAAAACCUUUGAGCAAACAAAGUACCUGGCAGGGCCUGAACGAGCCAGGUUGGCAUACUCAUUAGGAAUGACAGAGUCACAGGUCAAGGUAUGGUUCCAGAACCGAAGAACAAAAUGGAGAAAGAAAAGCACAGUGGACCCCACAACAGCAACACGGGCUUCAAUGAGUACUGCUGGCCGUACCCUGUCAGAAAACGAGGAUGACGAAUAUAACAAGCCUCUGGACCCUGAUUCUGACGAUGAGAAAAUACGUCUGCUGCUACGGAAGCACAGGGCAGCCUUUUCUGUACUCAGCUUCCAUACACAUAAUAUUUAAGUUGAGAAAAAGACAAUCUUGUUAAAGACUUAGGAUUUUCAGUUGUUGCCAUGCUUCCCAGGUUUUUCACAGGCAUCAGUUUCCCAGAAUCAUGUCAAUAGCAUAAUUUUGUGAUCACUGUCUUUAGUACUAGGUUGGAAGAUAAUUUGAAAGCAAUGCGAUAAAGCAUUCAUUAAGUUAAUUGGAGAAAUUUACCACUCACCAGUCUAUGCAAAUGCUUUGUACGGAGGAGAACACAAGGACACCAGAAUUGUCAGUCCAGUUCAAGUAUGCCAAUAUAAGUCCUUUUCAGUUUUAUAUACCAAUUGCCAAUGACUUUUCCAAAAUGUCUCCUGAAAUGUGUGAUUUUACAGCCAUACUCUGCAAAAUUACAAA